AUGGAAAAAUAUUUCAAAAGAAAGGCACCAGAGCCAGAUAGUGCCAACAAUGCUCGCAAUUUGUGUUUGGAUGACAUCAACUGGGAAGAUGAGAUCAAGUAUGAUCCAGGGCUGCGGAAACAAAUUGAUGAGUACCAUCCUAAUCUUAGAGAACUGGUGAGAAGGAAGUACUUGGAAAAAGGGCCUUGUCAACCUCGCACAUUUAGUUUUCCUGUGAAAAAUAUUGGAGGAGGGCCAAGAAGAUUUAUUCCAGAGUGGUUUGAUGAGUUUGGAAACUGGCUUGAAUACAGUGAAUCUAAGGACAGGGCAUACUGUUUUUUUUGUUUCCUAUUCAGAGAAAAGAAGGAUGGUGGCUAUGAAGCUUUUGUGAAAAAUGGUUGGAAUGGUUUUCAUAGAAAACAAAGGCUCAAAGAUCAUGUGGGUGAUGUUGGUGGCUCACACUAUCUAGCAAUGAAGAAGUGUGACGAUUUGAUGCAAACAAGACAACACAUUGAUGUGGCUUUCCGUGGUGUAAAUGAAAGUGCUAAGAGGGACUACAUGAUUAGACUGAAUGGGUCUAUUGAUGUUGCUAGAAUGUUAGCAAAGCAAGGCUUGCCUUUCCGUGGCCAUGAUGAGUCGAAGGAUUCUUUAAAUAGAGGAAAUUUCAGGGAAUUUCGUGAUUUUGCAGCGGAACAAAAUCCAAUCUUAGGAAAGGCAACAAGUAAAGGAAAAUCAGAAAAUAGUCUUUUGGUUUCUCCUGAGAUACAAAGGGAUAUAGUGCACUGUUUUGCAAAGGAGGUGCUACAGGCUAUUUUAGAUGAUAUUGGGAAUGAUUUUUUUUGCUUGCUAGUUGAUGAGUCAAGAGAUGUUUCUUGGAAAGAACAAAUGGCUGUGGUCUUGAGAUAUGUAGAUAAAUGUGGAGUUGUGAAAGAAAGAUUUGUUGGACUUGUUCAUGUGAAUGAAACAUCUUCAGCCCAUCUCAAGUCUGCUAUUGAUGCAUUAUUUGCUGAGCUUAACUUAAGUUUCAAGCAAGUCAGAGGCCAAGGAUAUGAUGGUGCGAGCAAUAUGAGAGGAAUCACAAAUACCUUGUGCCUAGCACUACAGUGCAAGGAUCAGGACAUAGUGAAUGCUAUUAACUGUGUGAGAGCCACGAGAUGCCAAUUGGAUGAGCUUAGAAGAGAAAAAUGGGAAAAACUAAUAGAUGAUGUGUAUGGGUUUUGUGAGAAGAAAGAUAUUUCCAAAUUGGAAAUGGAAGAUGAAUAUAUUGAUCCAAAAAAGAGGAGGCACAAAUCUGGAAUCACAAACAAGCAUUACUAUCAAGUAGAUUGUUUCAAUAAUAUUAUUGAUUGGCUACUUCAAGAGCUUGACAGCCGCUUCAACGAGACAAGCUCUCAAUUGCUUGUAUGCUCGGCCUCUUUUAGUCCAAGAGACUCGUUUUGUGAUUUUAGUGUGGACAAGUUGUUGAGCCUAGCAAAGCUUUAUCCACAUGAUUUUGAUUUUGGGGAUCUCAGAGACCUUAGCAACGAACUUGGCCUCUACAUAUCUGAUGUGAGAGAUGAUGAUAGGUUCUCCAGCAUAGAAACUAUUGCCGAGCUUUCUCAGAAAAUGGUGCAGACUAGAAAACAUGAUCGUUACCCAUUGGUUUAUCGACUUAUGAGGCUUGUUCUAGUAUUGCCAGUUGCUACUGCUACAGUUGAGAGGAUUUUCUCUGGCAUGAAGAUUGUGAAAACAAAUUUGUGCAACCGCAUCGGUGAUCAAUUUAUGAGCAAUUGUCUUAUUUGCUACAUCGAGAAAGAAGAAAUGAUGAAAAUCACAAAUGAGGCCGUGAUUCGUCGUUUCAUGAAAAUGCGAGAACGUAGAUUUGAUGACAAUUAA